AUGUCGCGAAUAUCGAAAGACUCCCAAGGUGCCAACCGGAACAUGGACCUAGACCCCAAAUACGACGACUAUGACUUUCCCACCACCGCCCCCGAGUCACAGCCGGGACAUCCAGGCCACACGACAAAGGAGCAAGAUGCCCAGGUUUACCAGCUCAGAGCAAUGCUGGAACAAGAAGGCUACAAAGAAAGACUGGACACCUUGACCUUGCUGCGGUUCCUUAGAGCACGCAAAUUCAACGUUGAGGCGGCCAAGCAAAUGUUCAUAAAGAACGAGCAAUGGCGAAAGGAAUUUGGUGUGGAGGACCUCGUCCGCAACUUUGACUACACGGAGCGACCGCUGGUGUUCCAGUACUACCCCCAGUACUACCACAAGACGGAUAAGGAUGGUCGACCUGUUUACAUCGAGCAAUACGCCAAAAUCGACCUGACCGCCAUGUACAAGAUUACCACCGCAGAACGCAUGAUCCAGAACCUGGUUGUGGAGUACGAGAAGGUCGCCGACCCACGUCUUCCUGCCUGCAGUCGCAAAGCUGGCAAGCUCCUAGAGACCUGUUGCACUAUCAUGGACAUGAAGGGUGUCGGUGUGAGCAAAAUCCCGUCCGUUUACGGCUAUCUUAAGUCGGUCAGCGCCAUCUCUCAGGAUUACUAUCCGGAGAGACUGGGCAAAUUGUACAUCAUCAACGCACCUUGGGGUUUCAGCAGCGUGUUCAACUUCAUCAAGGGCUUUCUCGACCCAAUCACUGUCGCCAAAAUCCACGUGCUUGGUUCUACCUAUCAGGCAGAACUCCUGAAGCAAGUGCCUCCGGAGAAUCUCCCAAAACAACUGGGCGGGACCUGUGAGUGCGAGGGCGGGUGCGAAUAUAGCGACGAGGGUCCUUGGAAAGAUCCUACGUGGUCGAGGCCGCCGAAGUGGGCGAGGCAAGAUCCUGUCACGGGCAAGGACGCUGCGAACGCUGUCCAACCGGCGCCCACUGACGGUGCUCAGGACCCCUUAACCGUAGAUAAGCCUGCCCCAGCGUCGGCGCCGGCCGAGGCCGAGAAUAUUCCUGGCGAGGGACGCCCAGUGUCGUAA